AUGGACAUCAAGCACUCCAAACGCAUUCUAUUUCUCGGCAAACGGGAAGCGGGUGCACUCGACGUGGUGAAAGACUUGACAGGUACAGCGCCUCAACCAGAUAUCGAUGGCUGCACGGCUGGCUUGACUCACGAAUGGAAUGCUGAGACCGCAUAUUACAAGGCCAAAGUGCCUAUUUGGAUUGACGAGGUCCCGGACUUUGCCGCUUGGAAGCUGGACUUUCUGAAGCCAGAGGCGAAAGAGGUCGUAGAUGCGGUUGGCGCAUGGAUCUACUGCUUUCCACGUCAAAAAGAUGGAAAAAUUGGCAAGGAGGUUGAGGAGGCUAUGAAGAGUAUACAAGAAGUCGUUGAGGGACAUAACUACGGCUCGGGUGUAGUAUUGCUGGCGGUUGCGAAGCGGCAUGCGAAGGAAGAGAGGGAGAACAUGGAGAACCAAGAUGCUCAAGAUGACACCUGCACCGAAUUCGGCUUCGAGUACAUCGACUACAGCGCCGAGGGCAAGAACGAAUUCGGAGAGAAAUUGGGCUUUGAGAGGUUGAAAGAGGCGCUGGAGGCCAACGAAUGGGCUGAUCAUGGCGAGGAUGAAUUGGAAGUGGAUGAGCUUUGCCUGGGCAUAGAGGAUGGCGAGGAUGGGUUCGGCCAUGAGGAAGCAGAGAUGACUGCUGAGCUCUUUGGCAUGAAGGCUGCCCUCGUUGAAAACGAAGGUGACGACGCUGAACAGCUCAUAACACCACAUGAGCAAGCAGGCGGAGUGGAAGAUCUGAACAGGAUGCUGGGCAAGCUUCUGGCUGUGAAAGAGCAGAGCGCUGAUUUGCCUGAAGAGCAACGGAAACGCAUGGCUGCAAAAGCAGUACGAGAGCUUAUGAUGGACAACCCGAACGUGUGAAAAUAUCGUCUUGGAAGACACAGUUCCUCGUCACCUUCACAACUGGAUUAAGAUUUCAGAGUUCGUCAAAAGACUCAUCUUUCCUAGGCCGUGUGCUACCUGCGUGAGUGACGCUCAUAUUACAGUCGCGACCAUUGGAAAUAAUUUUUUCGCCAACCACUCGCUUCAGUGCCGCAAGCAAUCCUUUAAUUUCGGAAUUCUUGCGCCAGAACUCCUUCGCUCAACCGGGCAUCGACUCAUUCCCAUUCCAAGCAUUUGCGAGAGCUCUACAAGACGGCCACCAAGCCGACAAGUCCAAGCAAGCCAGCAGCAGUCAAAGCCUCGUGUUUUCCUGCGCCACUGCCAGAAUCUGUAGACUGAGCACCCGAACCAGUCCUCGUUCCACUACCACCAGAUGCUGCGGCAUUGUUCGCUGAAGCAGUUGCGCGAAUUUGGCCAUCAUGGACAUUCGUGGUGCUGUACACCGCAGAGCUGCCAGAACCCGUGGGUUGCCCUACCAACCAAGCAGCAGAUCCAGUGACCGAUGGGGUGUAGUAGUAGCUGACCUCCGUCUUAUUACCGAUAGAAUCGAGAUAUGACACAGAGGUCUGCGCCGACCCCGUCUGAGUUGAGGACGGCUCGAGCGAGCUGGCAAGAGCGAAGAGAUAGUCCGCAAGACCAGCCGUCGGUGUCAUGGUUGCAGCACAGUAUUUCGAGCUGAUGCUCGAAACCGUGCCAUCG